AUGUCGACCCCUUCCUCCUCGACCUUCACCUUCGCCCGCAAUUCUCCUCCCGUCAAAUCCCCUUCCACUCCACAAGCUUCAGGUUCCGCUCAGUCGACUCCUCGUCGCCGGACGCCCUUGGCACCGCGAUCGAGCUCGAAGCGUUCGCCCGCAGUAACUCGAGCGUGGAACCGUAAACUCAGCUUUUCGAGUCCGGAUGGCACACCUGCGCCUUCUGGGACGUCGACGCCCAUCUCACCAGAGACAUCGAGCGAGCUUGUCGGCCCAGGCGGCUUCACCUUCUCGCCGACGAAGACGCCUGCGACUGUGGCUCCAGUGGAACCGCGGCGGGAUGGGGAGAAAGACGUCUUUGCACUUGACGAUAUGCGGAUGGACAUCGACGAGAUCGCGGGCAUGCCAGUCUCACCGCCGAGGCGGGUAAGCGAGACUAGGUGGCCGACCGUGACGACGCGCAAGACGCGGACGAGGCGUGUAAAGACCGGCAUCAACGACCUGCCAGACGAGCUGCUAUUGCGCGUCUUCGGUUUCCUGAAUGACCAGCAAGGGUUUCGACCGCUUCCGACCAAGUACUCGACGACACCCGGAUGGUACACUCCGCCUCUUCGCGUAGCGCUGGUCUGCAAGCGCUGGCUUCCGCUCGUUCGGCACCUCGCCUACCGCUUCCUCAAAAUUUCGCACCUCUCGCGCAUCACCUCGCUCUACCAGUCGUUCGCCGCGAACGCCGACCUGCCAGCGAGCGUUCGGCACUUGGCGGUCGACCUGCCGCACUCCGCCGCCGAGAAACUUGACCUUGUCCCGUCCGCUGAGCGACCGACACUUCCUCGCGAAGCCGACAGCGACCUUGAACGCGGCGCACGGCCUUUGACGCCAUCCUCGUCGCCAAGCAAGCGAUUCAAAUCGCCCCCGACCUAUGCGGACCAGCUUCGAGCUAUCUUCCAGAGCUGCGCGCAUCUCCUCUCCCUCGACGUUUCGGGCGUUCUCCCUGCCACCCUCUUCACGUCGUCUUCGAACUCGCUCUCCGCCCUUCAUCACCUACACCAGUUGCGCCUCUCGACGGUCACAUCCCUCUUCCUCCAUGGCAGCGCGGAGACCGUUCUCUCGUCGACCUCUCUCCGCGACGCCCUUCUCGCCCUGACCGGCUUACGACGGCUCACACUCAAGGGCUACGUCUCCUCCGCCUCUUCCGCGCUCGACUUUGCCCCGAAGACGACUCCUUCCGGCCAUCUCGCCCGCCCGCUCCCUUCCCGCGUCCGCGCCCGCGCCCUCGUCCCGCUCGAACGCCUCACCCUCAUCGAAUGCAACAUGUCGCCAUCCGACUUGCGCGCGCUUCUCGAGCACGUCCAGCCAGGCAAGUUGCGGCACCUCGCGGUCGACGACGUCUUCACGGCUGCACAGGCGAGGAAGUACCGCGAGGAUGGACUUUGGGCGGCGCCGACGGUCGAGUCGUUACAAGAUGUCGCGAGUCUGCUCAAGACGAGCCUCACGACUCUCAGGGUGACGUUGUUCAACUACCCGCUCGUCACCGCUCGACACCCGACCGUCAGGACGAGUCCGCCUCUGUCGCCUGUAAGGCGGCGGAACGCUCUCCCAGAUGCGCAACCCAAACACGUCCUCGACGGCUUCAUUGCUCAGCUCGAGAACCUAGCCGUUCUCGACGUCGGCGGAACAGUCGUCACCACCGUUCUCUUCGAGCCCAUCGCUUCCUCCUCGUCGACAUCAAUCCCGCAUGCACGCGGCGAGACCCGCUUCCUCCUCCCCUCAUCGGUCCGACACCUCCUCAUCCGUUCCUGUCCCGACAUCAAGCCUUCGAGGCUCGUCACGCUCAUCACCUCCUCCCCCUCCGCCUCUCGACUCUCGAAACUCUCGACCUUUGGCGGCACAGAACAUGGCUGGGCCUCCCCCUCUGCCUGCUGGGAGCUCCAACAGACGUGCUGGAAAGCCGGCGUGAGGUGGAUCAGCGGCGCGCAGACGGGGAUUGUCGUUCCGGUUGGGAAGGACGCAGACGCGAGUGCGACGAGUUAUGUUGGCAUGAAUGUCAGGCGCGAGGGAGAGCGCAGUGGUGGGAUGUGGUGA